AAUGAAGUAUUUUGAAGUAAGUUUUCUGUCGAGCUCGAGUACGUCUGCUGUUCUAUUGACUGUGCAAAGGCGACUAAGUUGGCCUUGGACUGUGUCAAUCACAUACCUGCAAUAAUACAGCUGCUGAGACAAGGUAUUGGAGUUUCCCAUUUGUUAACGUUUGUGGCACCUAGAUGGAGCCACAUUUUUUAAGCGCAAUUUAGGCGGAACUUGAAAGUUUUAUCGGGAAGUAAAUAACUCGCGCUUACGUUUAAGCACCUCGUUUUCUAAGGAACUAUCAACAUAAUUGAUCAUUUUAUGUUUUUAUAGCACUUGUUGAUGUCGGUUUGACAACUAACAUUGAUUCCAGCUCUUCCGUACUUUUUUGUGACUGUUAUCACAGUCAAUGAUUUUUUACUCAUCGCACCAAUCAAAACUGAUGUGAAAGUUUCACUGUUAGGCGGGACUUUCCCGUUGAGCAUGAAGAAUGAUACAGUUUUGUUCGAUAAAGUUGUUCAUUGCUUUUGCAUCAGAAAGUGACGUUUUAGCUCUUUACUGCUGAUCAUAUUUCGAUAAUUAUGUCAGAAUUUCGAGGUAUUAUUGAGAACUUAAUUAAAGGAGCUUUACUUCCGUGGAUUGAAGAACAUUUCGACGAUGUGGUUGCUGCAUUUGGAACAGAAGGAAACACUACAAAUUCUGCAUAUAAUUGGAAUAAUAUAGUUUUAGAUUUUGAAGGGUGCAGUGAUGAAAGAAUUAAUGAAUUUUUAGAUCUAAAUGCUUUCUGUCAAUCAAGAAAAGAGAUAAUUCACGAACUUCGGAAUAUUUCCGAAAUAAUGACCAAGGAGAGACGCAAUUGCAACUUGUCAAAGCUGGCGGGCGCUUGUACAGGAAUUAUAGGAGGUCUGACUGUAGGAGCAAGUUUUUUAAUUCCCUUUACCGGUGGCUUAAGUGCACCUAUAGCUGCCGCAGGUGGAAUUGUCAGUCUGCUUGGAGGAGGUACCUCGCUUGGAACUGCAAUUACUGAAUGUGCUUUAGUAUCAAGGCGCAUAAAGCAGGCUAAAAAUAUUUUGGAAGAGGAUAGAAAAAAAUGUGAGUGGAUGCUGAUACGUAUUCAGCAGUCAGAAGACUUACAGAAAGCUAUAAAUGACGUGAUGAACUUAGAUAUUUUUAAAAGAAUGGUUAAAGAUUUGGCUGCUAUUGUUCAGGAAACUCGAAAUAAGUUCAGCAAAAUCCAAGGAACAUUUUAUCGAAUGCAAAGCAAUCAAUUUAUGAAAAUGUUGAUGCCUAUUAUGUUUUCUAUUAUCGAAGAAAAACUUGGGCUCACACCAGAGUUGUUAAAAAUACGCAUAGCAGUAUUUUUGGCAAUCUUCCUUGUAUUAGUGAUACAAUCUGAUAAUCAGAAUCUUGCUGAUAUUUCUAUCACAACUUUGCGUUUAAGUGGAGGAAUUGGUGCAAGUGCUGUUUUUAUCAAGUCUGUUGAUGAUAUGUCAGUAGUCCUUAAAUCUGGCCUUAGAAAUGGCACAAUCCUAGCUCCCAUCCGAAGUGCUGUUAUUCGUGGACUUGCAGUAGCUGGUUUGGCUCUAGAUGUGAUCAAUUUGAUUUUGACAUCAAUUGAUCUACAUAAGGGCUCCAUCAGUGAACAUGCAAAAGCUAUUGAACAUGCUGCAGAUGAAAUGGAAGAGGAAUUAAGAAAAUUAGAAAAAACAGUCAAAAUGCAGUAAAAAUAAUAACCUUUAUAGGAAGCAUGUUUUUUACAUUACAUGGACAGUUUGCAUGAUUUCUAAUUUUUAACAUUUACCAGUAAAGGUGUUUUUAAGCUAUAAAAUUUAAUUGCAAAGUAAAAUUUGCACAGUUUAAAUUUCAUUAUUGAAUUAAUGAAGCUUUAAAGUGUGCAAAUUUCAUUACUCCCUUCCUAGUGAUAUUUAGCAUAUUUUUUCUAAUUAAAUUUUAUUAUAUUUGAAUUCUCUUAAUCAUGUCAUUGACAUCUGUAAAGUAUAAUACGGAGAUUGAACCAAAUAUUUAAUCAUUAAAUAUUUAUGCUUAAUUUGUUUUUCAUCAGUAUGUACAUUUGAGAACAGGGAAUGUGAAAAAUAUGCACUGCAAAUAAUUUUAUUUUCUUCAUUUUAUUUCAUUGCAGUUGCUGUAAUAAUGCCACAAGCAUCGACUGUAGCUUUUUUUUUACCAUUGAUAAAAAAUUGAAAAUUGUAAACUUAAUGAGUAUUUUACAAUAGAAAACGACUGUGUUGACAUACUGCAUUUACCAAAAAAAAAAAAAAAAAA